AUGUCGGGACAGAACCCUUACAACAACCAACCCCCUCACUACGGCACAGAUAACCAAAAUCCCUACUCCAACCCAUGGGGCUCAGAAUCCCAGGGCCAGAAUCCUUCCCAGUCAUAUAAUGCGCCUGCUCAAUCCCAAGAUCACAAUCCGCUCCACACUCAAGAUCAAGCCCAGAGCAAUCCUUUCGCCCGGGAACAGUCUUACAAUCCUCCCUCUCAGGCCCCUCCGGAACAGCAACACGAGCAGUACGCCCCACCCCCUGGACUCCCGCCGCGCCGUGCAGGCACCAACUCCGAGCAAGCCCUGCCUCAAGGCCAGGACCGCUCACAUCAGGUUGAGGUAAUGCAGAGCUACGAGAUGUCGCGGCCGCAAACGGAAGAUGAGCAGAACCAGGCGAUUCUCGAGAGGGAGUUCCCAAAAAUUGAUGGGAGCUUGAUUGCAGCGAUUUAUGGUGACUCCGGGAGUUUAAGCGCCACAAGGGAGAUGUUACAGGAGCUGAGUACGACCGAGGGGCAGGGAUCGUGA